GGCUAGUUCGCCCUUUGGACACUUUCGAAACCAGGCCACGACCUGCUACGGCUAGCUAGCGAGCAACUUUACACACAUCGGUCUAUUGUGCAUUUCAAAUCAUUUCGUGUGAGCCCUGUAGAAGAAGACGACGGGGCGCGUAUCUUCAGAGCCACAGAUAACUUUGAGACGCGAUUAUUUAAUUUCCGAAAGGACCAUGGCUGACGAUUUUGACGUUGAGGCUAUGCUGGAGGCUCCAUACAGAAAGGAUGACAUCAAGUCCUCUCAUGCAAACGGUCAUGACGAGCACAGCAAGAAGAAAAAGAGGAGCCGAACACGGAGCCGGAGCCCCGGCUCUAGGAGACGGAGCAAAAGCCGGGACCGAAAGAAGAGCAAGAGGAGGAGCAAAAGCCGAGAGAAAAAGCGAAGCCGCAGCAAAGAGCACCACCGCAGUCGCUCCCGGAGCAGGGAGCGUCCUGGGCGGUACAGAGCACGCAGGAGCCCCUUCCGGAAGCGAUCCAGAAGUCGUAGCCCCUUCAGAAAAGAAAAGAGUCCAGUCAGGCAACCAUUUGACAGUCUAACACCCGAGGAGAGGGAUGCCCGCACAGUUUUCUGUAUGCAGCUGGCAGCAAGAAUCAGAGCUCGGGACCUGGAAGAUUUCUUCUCAGCUGUAGGAAAAGUAAGAGAUGUGCGAAUGAUCUCAGACAGAAAUUCCAGGAGGUCAAAGGGCAUUGCCUACAUCGAAUUUCAGGAGGCUACUUCUGUACCAUUGGCUAUUGGUUUGACUGGCCAGAGGCUUUUAGGAGUGCCCAUCAUCGUCCAGGCCUCUCAGGCGGAGAAAAACAGGGCAGCGGCCUCAGCCAAUAACCUGCAGAAGGGGAGCUCUGGACCAAUGCGGCUCUAUGUGGGCUCACUGCAUUUCAACAUCACUGAGGACAUGCUUAGGGGGAUAUUUGAGCCCUUUGGAAGGAUCGAGGGCAUACAGCUCAUGAUGGACAGUGAAACUGGACGGUCCAAAGGAUAUGGCUUCAUUUCGUUUGCAGAUGCAGAGUGUGCAAAAAAGGCCUUGGAACAGCUGAAUGGCUUUGAGCUAGCAGGGCGGCCGAUGAAGGUGGGACAUGUUACCGAGCGCACAGAUGCAUCCACCGCCAGCUCCUUCCUGGACAACGACGAGCUGGAGAGGACCGGCAUCGACCUCGGCACCACAGGGCGUCUGCAGCUUAUGGCUAGACUAGCAGAAGGAACCGGCUUGAAGAUCCCACCUGCUGCCCAGCAGGCUCUGCAGAUGAGUGGAUCCAUCCCCUUUGGAAACAUGGCAGCUACAACAGGUGAGAUGCUGGAGAGCAUUGUUUUGGAUUCACCAUGCUGUUUUGUAAAUUUUGCUUCUGAUCAUCAUUCUUUUUUUCCCCCAGCUGUUCCAGCCCCGACUCAGAGCCAGGCCUUGAACCUGCCAUCACAGCCGCUGGCCACACACUGCCUUCAGCUGUCCAACUUGUUCAACCCACAAUCGGAAAAUGAUCCUGGCUGGGAUUCUGAGAUCCAAGAUGAUGUUAUAGAGGAGUGCAACAAGCACGGAGGAAUUGUUCACAUUUACGUCGACAAGAACUCUGCUCAAGGUAAUGUGUAUGUGAAAUGCCCGUCAAUACCAGCAGCGAUGGCUACUGUGAAUGCUCUCCAUGGACGCUGGUUUGCAGGCAAAAUGAUAACAGCUGCCUACGUUCCCUUACCAACCUACCACAACCUCUUCCCUGACUCAGUAACGGCGAAGCAGCUGUUGAUGCCGGCACGUCGAUAGGAGAGAUGCUUAUUAAUGAGUGAAUGUACAUACAUUUGUUUGCAUACAUGGAAAUCUCAUUGAAACAGUUGCAUUGAAGCUAGUUGGUUGUGAAUAAUAUAACAAUUGCCUCUGUUCAUCAGCUGUUGGGAAUUAGAUGGCUAUGAGUUGUAUUUCAAAUUCUUUGUGGGUUUGUGUUGUAAACUACCACUGAAAACUCCAUUUGCAGGUAUCUACAGUUCUGUAUGUUUUUAAAUAUGAUUAUUAUCUGCCUCUGUAGCAGUCUUGCUUGUUUAUGUCAUCAUUUGUAGAUUUAUACAAAGUUACAAAAAUGUGUUAUGGGUUAAAAGUCCCUAAAACACGCCAAAAGCAUAUUAUUUUGACAACAAUAAUGAAUUAGUACCUCUUUAUAAAAAAAAAAAAAAAAAAACAACUCUUGUUUCGACCAUAAUUUGAUUUUUGUAUGAAGGUUCUCAAUAAACUUUGGUAAAUAAUUUGAUUAUUCAA